GUUAAUCUCAAUCAAAUCUGCGACGGUUGGGUGCCAAGAAAAAGAGACAACGUUUAUCAGCGACUAUCCGCCGUCUAUCGCCUAAUACUGCAGCAGACUUCGGUGAAGAUUUCCUUGGUUACGGGCACGAGUAACUGCGACAAGAAAGAAGAAGCGUGGAAGAGUCCAAAUUCUAUCAAGGACUCGGUGAAAACGACGAGGAAUGACGAGAACAAUUUGAGGAUUUGA